UAGGAAUGGCUGCAAAGCCAGAUUAGGGACACAAAAUUCAAAAUCAUUCUUAUCACUUUUGGUCGCUCGUUCUGAGAUCGUACCAGGAUUUAGAAGUGCCUUGUCACUCGCACCGCCGGGCACUAAAUUUGCUAUAAAGGCCCGAUAUGUUGGAUGCCUCGUCACUCUUGAAAUCAGAGCCUCACACACCGGUGAACCAUGAAUCGAUUGUUCCUCGUGGGCCUGCUGUUAUUGGUGGUUACGGAGGUGCUUGCCUCUUCAUGCCCGGCGGGCUACUAUCGGCGUCCGGGGGGCAACUGCUACAAGUUGUGGACCCAGAAGAGGAAAUGGGGUGAAGCCAACGUCAUCUGCCGAACGGAAAACUCCUGGCUGGUCACCCUCAAUAAUGAGGUAGAAAGUGAUUGGGUCAACAACUUCUUCAUAAGCAACAGGCGUCACGAAUGCAACAAAUGGUACUGGAUUGGACUUAAUGACAUUUCCAACGAAGACGUCUGGACUUGGAUAUCGGACAACAGCCCCCUCCAUUACUCCAACUGGAAGAAUAACGAGCCGAACAACAGCGGCAAUGAAGAUUCGGUGGAGGUGGACUGUGAGAACCGUCAGUGGAACGAUGAAGACAGCUGGGGCAACGAAGAAUGUUUCAUCUGUGAGAUGGACACAGAAGCCACCUGUUAG